CAUGUGCCACAGGUACGGCCCUAAAAAAAAAAAAAAAAAAAAAAAAAAGAUUGAAGUUCCACGUACAGUUGAGGCCUGUGUACCAAGCUCCUCGAUGGCUGCAGAGGUAGAAACCCUGCAGGUGAUAGGCAGGUAGACGUGGACAUGCAGAGGGCCGAUGAGACUGGUUGUGAAGGGAGGGGUGGGAGGACACACACUCCCACCCUCCUGGACCAGCAGCCACAGCCAGAGGAGGACAGGCUGUGGGGAGAGCUGUGUGCCCCAUUCUCAGAGUUGGGGUCCCCACCUCUGCGUCUCCUGGAGCCUCGCCAACCCCCACCCUCGGGGUGCUGCAUUGACACCCCCACCCCCACCCCCGGGCACACUCUGCCCCCACCCCCAACCCGCCUUCGCCUUCUAGAACUCUGGGAAGUUUCCAACCCCCUCUGUUCUUAAGCAGUUGGUCCCAGUAGCUGCUGCGGCCCUUCCCUCUUGAGUCAGGUCCCCUUCAGGAUGGAGGCCCCAGCCCCAACCCCUCGGGCCCAUAAUCUGGGCCGCUCGUCCAUGUUCCGCCUUUUCCGUAGCCUGGUGGGGGGCAAGGGCAGCCCAGAGAGCUCAGACCAGGCCCUGGUGGGGGGUCAGCCGUGCCCCUUGCAAGAGCAGGACGCCACCCCCCUGAUGACUGGCUGUCACGGAGCAGCGGGGCAGAAGGAAUCCUGGCCACCUGCCUCGCUGCCCUGUACCCUCGCUGUGGCCCUGCCACGAACUAGUCCCUCGGGGCUGGAGCUAGGGGAUGCGGGGGCCCAGACCCCCACCCCUGUGCAGGUCCUGAGGGUGGUGGCCCGGGGUGUAGAAGUAAGGUCAGAUCCACGCAGAGGAGGCCAGGAGGCGCUGGGCAGCCUGUCUGAGAUGGACGAAAGGGAAGAGGAGGAGGUGGCAGGCGCGGCCUUGGGGGACACGGGGACCUCAGACAGGGGCCGCUUUGCCCAAGCCUUGGAGGUGGAUCAAGGAUGCCUGCAGAGGGCUGCGGGGCCACUGGAGGUCAGCCCCAAGGCCUUGGCCAGAGAGGAGGAGGAGUGUCUGCUUGACGGAGAACUCAGGCUGGCCUCCUCGAAGGUGGGGGCAACGCCAUGGAGCCGCCUCCUCAGCUUGUACAAGCAGCUUCAGAAGUCAGCCAUGACCAAGUUUCCUCUCAAGGAAGGCUCGCCCCAGGAGGACAAAGACAUGGAGGAGGAAAUGGAGGACGAGGACAGUUCCUUCAAGCUCUGUGUCCCAGGCAUCGUCACCCUCCCGUCGCCGCUGCGUUUUGUGGAGUCAGAGUUAAAGAAGCUUCUGGUAGUACAGCGGGAGUCCCGCCUCUGGAAGACAGACAGCCCCGAGGGCUGGGAGCUGCUGGCCCAGCCAGAAGUCACUCUGGAGGAGGCGGGCAUUGUGGACAGCCAGGGACACCAAGUGGAGGGGGAAGGAAGCCACCUCCCAGCCUUUGGGGAAUGCUGGGGACCUGGGGGCAGGAUGCUGAGGCAGCGGAAGCAGCACCCCAGGCUGGAGGGCAGGGUGCGGAGCCCCCUUGGUGCGGCUUCCAGGACAGAGCACCUGCUCCUGGACGAGAUGGACGAGAUGGAAAACUGGCUUCCAGAGUGAAGCUGGGGCUGCCGUGCCUGCCCUACCCCAAACCGCUGCCCUGGGGAAUGUCGCCCCUCCUCACAGGGCUGGUCAGAGAGCCCUGGGGCCAAGGGGUCUUAAGAUACAUGGUGUUCCUGUGUCUGCAGGGUGGGCCUGCACAGCAUACUCUCCCCACCUAUCAGACCCAGGCCUGGGAUGUUCAAAUAAAACUGUUUGACUUUG